UGCCCAGCUUCCUGACCCGAGGCAGCCGCCUUCCGCUCACAUGGCUCCGCUACGCUUCUCGGCCAACGUUUCGUGGCUGUUCCCGGAGCUCCCCGGGCUCCCCGAGCGGCUGCAGGCCGCAGGCCGGCGGGGAGCCGCUGGGCUGCGGGGAGCCAAGCCCGCACUAACGCUGCUUCUCUCCACAGGAGACCAAGAGAAGGGGGAGAUGGGGCUGGGGGCCGUCCCCGGGAGACAGGCGGCCUUCCGAGAGGGGCUGGAGCAGGCUGUGCUGUACGCCAAGGCUCUGGGCUGCCCCAGGAUCCACCUGAUGGCUGGCCGGGUACCCCCUGGGGCUGACCGAGCAGCAGUCCAGGCAGAGAUGGAGACAGUGUUUCUGGAGAACCUGAGGCAUGCGGCUGGGGUUUUGGCUCAGGAGAACCUCGUGGGACUGCUGGAGCCCAUUAACACCCGAAUCACAGACCCCCAGUACUUCCUGGAUACACCCCAGCAGGCGGCAGCCAUCUUGCAGAAGGUUGGGAGACCCAAUCUUCAGUUGCAAAUGGACGUAUUCCACUGGCAGAUCAUGGAUGGGAAUCUGACAGGAAAUAUCAGGAAGUUCCUGCCCAUUGUUGGGCAUGUGCAGGUGGCACAGGUCCCAGACCGAGGGGAGCCAGGAAGCUCAGGAGAGCUGGACUUUUCUUACCUGUUCCAGCUGCUAGAAGAUGAAGGUUACCAAGGAUUUGUGGGCUGCGAGUAUCGGCCUCAAGGAGACACAGUGGAGGGUCUGAGCUGGCUACGCUCAUACUGGGACAGACGGGGCCACCCACGGGGCGGCCAGUAGGAUUCAACAGGCACCUGCAUGCUGCCCUGGGGCAGCAGGUGAGGGUCCUGAGGCUCCUCUGAAUUAAAGACACACUGGGCAUUUC